AUGUCUAAGACACACUGUCCUGCUGCGCUCUCGUGGGCCUUGGAUGGACGAGAGGUUGAUCUUCUUCACUAUGUUUUCGCUCGGUCCAACAUCAAGGAACUCCGGGGUAGUCCCACAAAAGUUCUCGCCGCCAUCGAUGAAUACCACGAGCAAUUCAACAAGCUUAUGAACAUUGGCCCAGCCAAAGGUGCAUUCAUCGCCGAUAUUAUCGCUGAGCACAAGCCCUGCGUGAUGAUCGAGCUCGGUGGCUACGUGGGCUACUCUGCUAUCCUUUUCGGGGACGCACUCAGGCAGCACGGCGGAAAGCAAUACAUCAGUAUCGAAAAGAAUCCCGAAAUGGCAGCCGUUUCCACCCAGCUAGUCAACCUGGCCGGCCUCCGGGAUACUGUGCGAAUUGAAGUGGGCUCUAGUAACGAGGUACUCCAAGAGCUGAUCUGCGAGACGAAGGAGAUCGAUCAAGUGCAGCUGAUUCUCAUGGAUCACUGGCAAGAUCUUUACUUGCCCGAUUUGUGGCUGCUCGAGCAGUUGAAUGCUCUGGCUCCGGGCUCAUCUUUGGUGCUGGCAGACAAUGUCAUCAUGCCUGGUGCUCCGAGUUAUCUUGAAUGGGUACAGGCAACCCCGCUGCAGAAGAAGGAUAUAAUCCAACGAUCUGAUGUCGGAUCACUGUCCCCAAACCCAAACCUUGUCUACAACACCGUUGUUUCCGAGUUCGAAACCUCUUUUGGUCUGGACGGAGUUGCAGUUACUCGAAUCACCGGAAACCUGGACAUGUAG